GGGCCGCACCUGGGCUGGGGCUCGCAGAGCGGCGGCGGCGGCGGCGCCAUGGCGGGAGCGGAGCGGCGGGGACCUGGGGUCCGGCCCCGGCCGCUGCUGCUGCUGCUCCUCCUCGGGGCGGCGGUCGCGUCACUCGUGGGUGCCCAGGUCACCACUGAGACCAAGGAGGUGCCUGAGCAUCAAUCUGUGGACAUUCCCUGUGCCGCCUUCCGCUCCAGCGCUGCCAACCCCCGCAUCGAGUGGAAGUUCCAGCGCGGGAACUCCCUGCUGCUGUUCUACUACGGCAAGGAGCUGACAGAGCCCUACCGCAGCCGGGUGCAGUUCUCGCCCACCAGCAUCCGCCUGAGCGGUGCCAGCAGGGCAGACUCUGGGCGCUACAUCUGCGAGGUGGUAGGGGAGGGAGGUGACAUUGCCCGCUCCGAGGUCACCCUCAUCGUGCAGGUGCCACCCUCCAAGCCCGUGGCCCACGUGCCCUCCUCGGGCACCAUUGGCAGCAGGGCUGUGCUGCGCUGCACCGAGACCGAGGGCUCCCCACCCCCCACCUUCCGCUGGUACAAGGAUGGCAUCUUGAUGCCCACCAGCCCCAAGGGCAGCUCUGCCUUCCGGAACUCCUCCUACACCCAGGACUCCACCACGGGCGAGCUGGUCUUCGAGCCCCUGAGCGCCUUCGACUCGGGGGAGUACUCCUGCGAGGCCUCCAACAACGUUGGCACCCCCCAGAAGUCCGACGGUGCCCGCUUGGAAGCCAGUGAGGACCUGCUGCCAGGGGCUGGUGCCACCUGCCUGGCCUCAGCAGGCUGCUGUGGGGCUGCUCUGCCUGGCACAUGGCACCGCUGGGGUUACACUGGGGCGGGCAGUGCCAGGGGGGGUUGGCAUCGGUCAUGCCAGGCUGGGAAAGGUUGA